AUGGUUGACAGUGCAGAUUGUGCAGGAUUUCAGGAUUGUGCACAAGAACUAGCUGGGCUUUUACUGGAAGAAAGGUUAGCAGGAGCAACAUUACUGGUAUUUGCCAAUAAACAAGAUUUGCCUGCUGCAUUAUUAAAGGAUGCCACAAGAGAGCCAUUGGAGCUGGAUAGCAUUAAGACCCAUUACUGGUGUACACAAGGAUGUAGCGUAGUGACUGGAGAAAAUCUCCUGACAGGGAUAGACUGGUUAUUGGAUGAUAUCUCCAGCCAAAUCUUUUCAGUUGACUGA